AUGGAGAUCUGGGCGUUUGCCAAUUUGUACACUGCUGCUCCUACAGUCGGUACCGUUCAGCCGCCCUCAAGCACGGUGACUGAGCUUCCUCAAAUAUGCACUUGUACCAUGGAGGCGGAUGCGUUAACUUCGACUGCAAUCCAUACAACUGCACUUCCGGACAAACUGGAAUCCACCCAUCGAUCCUGGAACGCUACUUUCACCCACAAUACAUCGAGCAUCGGCACCGCGCUCAGUCUCGUGACGACGACGUCUGGUGGUGAUGUUCAACCGUCGUGGACCUACCAUAGGCCGACGGUGCACACGACCGCGGCGAUCCCCGUCAGCGCAACCGGUUCACAUGGCGCCGGCUGUGACCACCUUGCAGCCCUUUUUGUCUUCUUUCUUGGUGUAUACCUAUGGGACCGGCUGCAUUAGAUCCACUCGGCGCUUUCUAGCAACAACGAUUACCAAAAGCUCACGCAAGAGAGGGA